AAUAGUGAAGCCUUUGGUCAUACAUAUUAAUAGAAGAGAUAUUCUCAUAGCCAUAGUAGGGAUAGCCAACGGAGACCCAAGACAAACCGGAGUGGGCAAAUCUGACCCGCUGAGCGUGGACUGAACGGGGCAGGGCAGAGCUCGGAUCACGGCGUGGGCUCGGACGGAGCCCUGGCAGAAAGCGCGUUGAUUCUACAACUACAACAAAUACACAUUUGAUAUAAAUCAGGACACUCGAUUAAAAUGAAUCGAGGAAAGUCGAGUGAUGAGACGCUUAUAGAAAUGGACCGAACUGGUUGGUCCGGCGGCGAAGAAAACAAUGGCUUCCAUGCCAGUUCGGCUAAGGAGACUCUUCAGCUUGAAAAUGCAGAGUCCAUGCUGAGUGUUGUGUCUGAAUGCACAAGCGCUGUGUCUGUUUGCUCAAGUCAUUCUUCAGUGAUUGUGUGUGAGCAGUGUGAGAGAGAACACACUGAACCACAGCAGCACCUCACCAGCUUUAAAGGGAUCUGGAGAAAGAGAGCUUUAUUUCUGAAGUACCGCUCCAGGGUAGAUAAGCAGCAGCAGAGCAAGGACUCCGUGUACUUCAGAGAUGGCGUACGGAGGAUAGAUUUCAUUCUGUCUUACAUCGACGACAAGGAUGGAGAAAAGAAACAGUGUAGGUACUGGACCAGGUCUCGUGAUGCUAACUGUGAGAGCGAACGCUAUUCCUUGUAUAAAUACUGGGCUCGUUUCAGCAGCUUUUACAAGGAGCAGCCACUCAACCUCAUACGGAAGUACUAUGGAGAGAAGAUCGGCAUCUACUUCGCUUGGCUGGGUUUCUACACAGAGAUGCUCUCCUAUGCCGCAGUUGUUGGUCUGCUCUGUUUCAUCUAUGGUGUGGCAACCUUUGACGAAAACGUCUGGAGUAAAGAGAUCUGUAAUGAUACCAUUGGUGGGCAGAUUGUCAUGUGUCCUCUCUGUGAUAAGAAAUGUGGCUACUGGAAGCUCAGCACGACCUGUAGCUCCUCAUGGCAAUCGUAUCUGUUUGACAACACAGCGACGGUGUUUUUUGCGAUAUUCAUGGGAAUAUGGGUGACUCUGUUCCUGGAGUUCUGGAAGCGGCGUCAGGCUCGACUGGAGUACGAGUGGGAUCUGGUGGACUUUGAGGAAGAGCAGCAACAGCUGCAGCUCAGACCCGAAUACGAGACCAAGUGCACCCACCGUCGACUCAAUCGUGUCACGCAAGAACUGGAGUGGGUUCUAGACCAGAGCCCAGCUGAUAAAGCAGGCAGGUUUAUCCUGUGCUGGGCCACUGUUGUUUUGUGGAUCUCUCUGAUUAUCGCCUGUAUAAUCGGUGUAAUUGCGUACCGUCUGGCGGUGUUUGCGGCGUUUGCCAGCAUCAUGAAGGACAGCCCCACCAAUAAGCUGGAUGUGGUGGGAACCCUCAUCACGCCGCAGUUCGCCACAUCCGUCACGGCUUCCUGCAUCAACUUUGUCAUCAUCAUGAUUCUCAACUUCCUGUAUGAGCACGUAGCCAUAAAGAUCACUGAUAUGGAGGUUCCCAAAACCCACGUGGAGUACGAGAACAAGCUAACGGUGAAGAUGUUCCUCUUCCAGUUUGUCAACUACUAUUCCUCUUGCUUCUACGUCGCCUUUUUCAAGGGCAAGUUUGUGGGUUACCCUGGAGACUAUGCCUACAUGUUCGGCAAGUGGAGAAAUGAAGAGUGCGAGCCAGGCGGCUGUUUGAUCGAGUUAACCACUCAGUUAGUGAUCGUGAUGGUGGGUAAACAGGUGUGGGGAAACAUACAGGAAGCUCUCGUCCCCUGGCUGCGUAACUGGUGGGUGAGCAGAAGCGCUCGUAAUCAUCCGGAGAGUCUGUACAGCCGCUGGGAGCAGGAUCAUGACCUGCAGACCUUCAGUCAGCUCGGCCUCUUCUACGAGUACCUGGAGAUGGUUAUCCAGUUUGGCUUCAUCACGCUGUUUGUGGCUUCUUUCCCGCUGGCUCCUCUGCUGGCUCUGAUGAAUAAUAUAUUGGAAGUGCGAGUGGACGCCUGGAAAUUCACCACUCAGUUCCGCCGGCCCGUGGCAGCCAAAGCGCACAGCAUCGGCGCGUGGGACGAAAUCCUCAACAUGAUUGCCGUUUUCUCAGUGGUCACGAAUGCUUUCAUUGUCUCAUUCACGUCUGACAUGAUCCCUCGGCUGGUGUAUAAGUACGCGUAUCACCUGGGUUCUGAGAGCACGAUGGAAGGAUACAUCAACAACAGCCUUUCCAUCUUCAACAUCUCCGAGAUCCCAGUGGAAAACCGUCCAGAGGAGGGCGAGAACCCGGAUUGGUUCUACAGCUCCAACAUCACCACCUGCAGGUACCGUGACUACCGGUACCCUCCAGGACACGAGAAACAGUACACUCAUACCAUGCAGUUCUGGCACAUUCUCGCUGCCAAAUUAGCCUUUAUCAUCAUUAUGGAGCAUGUGGUGUUUGUGGUGAAGUUCUUUGUGGCGUGGUUGAUCCCCGACGUGCCGUCAGACGUGAAAGCUCGUACAAAGCGCGAGCACUACCUCAUCCAGGAGUACCUGCACGACUACGAGCUGGAAAAACUCAAAAUCCAGCUCAGCCAGAACGGUCCGAACAUCGAGCCGUGCACGUGUCCCGCCACAGCCGCCACCUCAGUGAAGCUGGAGGUGUUUUCAGACUGUCUGAGCUAACACAGGCCUGACCUUGACUCUAGCACCUGAAAGCUUUCACUCAGCCCAUGUCUCAAACCAGUCCUCUCGGUCUCAUCACAAAAUCACACGCCACUGGUUCCUCGUAUCUCACUGAUUAUGUUCGAUAAUCUUUUCACACCACAUCCACUGUUUGGGAUAUUCCUCGACAAAUCACUCCCAUAUUACGUCUCCCAGAGCCCUCAUUUUCAGUCAUGUGACCUCAAAGAGAUGCCUACAUAAGGGGAAAGUUUGUCUAAUAGAAUAAGAGUGAUGAAGUAUAAUAACUUUUACAUGUGUUUAGAUAUACCUAAAGCCACAUGAGCUGUAACUCAGUUUCUGUCUAUGCAGAUUGGCACUUUCACUCUUCAGGAACAAUUACUGUAGGUUUUCUCACGCUUUCCUCAUCAUUGUUCUCUGUUGAUGUCUCUGUAAGCCACUACAAACAUACAGGACAGACUGUUUAUGGUCUGUGUGACGCACUGUGUGAAAGUCUGGCAGUUGAAAUGUUAGAUUUCAGCCCAAAACCAAACUGGGUCAAAUAUAAACUGGACAUUUCAGGAUUUGUGUGAUUCACUCCAGCAUAGACUCCUUCACACAGCGUCAAAAUACAAGAACUCAGUGACAAACUUUAUUGCUUAGAAUGCCUUUAAGCUACCAAAGAUUAAAAUGCCUUAACAUCAUAGACAUAUGCAUGGAUCCUUUACAUUAUAAAUAUUAAACACUUCUAUUUACAGUAUGCUCAGAAUUCAUGUACAAAGAAUUUUAUAAUUAUUAUUACACACUGGUGUUU